UAAUACGUGGGUCCCACGCAAUCUUAUCCUCCUAGGUUCCAAUCACACACCUUAAAAAAAAAACAUUUGUUAUCUUGUUGAAAUGAAAAAGAAAGAUCUACGAUACAAUAUGAGCUUCAACUUGACUCAUGAUAAUAACUCUUCAUUUCACAUAUGUACAUUCAUCUUCUUCGUUCUUGUUAUAAGUUUAAGAUUGAGUUGCUCUUCUCAAGUUGAUGAGGUAACAAGGUUACCUAAUCAACCCAAAGUUGGAUUCAAACAAUAUGCCGGGUAUGUUUUCCUUGAUCAUGACAGAGCCCUGUUCUACUAUUUCGUCGAAGCUCAGAUAGAUCCUGCUUCAAAACCACUCGUACUUUGGCUCAAUGGAGGUCCCGGCUGUUCGUCCAUUGGACAAGGAGCAUUUGGUGAACAUGGUCCUUUCAAGCCUACAAGGAAAGGCCAUUUGGUGAAAAACCACUAUAGUUGGAACAGAGAAGCUAACAUGAUUUACCUAGACUCUCCUGUUGGUGUUGGCUUCUCAUUUUCGGUCAACCAAUCUUCUUAUUAUCUUGUGAAUGAUGAAAUGACAGCGAGGGAUAAUCUGUUGUUUCUACAGGGCUGGUUCACAAAAUUCCCCAAGUACAAAAACAACGACUUCUUUAUAACCGGGGAAAGCUAUGCAGGUCAUUAUGCACCUCAACUUGCACAACUUAUCCUCCAAACCAAAUCCACCAACAUUAACUUGAAGGGGAUAGCCAUAGGAAAUCCUCUUCUAGAAUUCAACAGAGAUUUCAACUCUGAUGCUGAUUUUUGGUGGUCCCAUGGACAAAUUAAAGAUUCGACAUUUCAGAUGUUAAAAACAGUAUGCAACUAUUCCACCAUUCGAAGACAAGGUCGAUCUGGGAAACUUAGUCCCAAUUGUUCAGAAGUGAACCAAAAAUUAUCAAUGGAGGUUGGUGGAUAUACUGAUACUUUUGAUGUUAUUGCUGAUAUGUGUCCACCACCAGAAAAACACCAAGCUUAUGUAUUGACUGAAAUGCAAGCUGCUGCAAAGAAGAUAGACGUAUGUGUGGAAGAUGAAACCGUCACAUACUUGAAUAGGAAAGAAGUGUACAAUGCACUAAAUGCCAAGCUUGUAGGGAUAACCCACUGGUCAGCCUGCAGUUCAGUUCUAGUAUAUAAUUUUCAGAAUCUUGAGAUUCCAACAAUCUCUUUGCUAGGGAGACUUGUAAAAUCAGGCGUAAGAGUUGUAGUAUACAGUGGAGAUCAAGAUUCUAUGAUCCCAUUUAUUGGAACACGGUCGUUAAUAAAUGAAUUGGCCAAGGAUCUAGGAUUGAACAUAACUGAGGAGUAUAGAGCUUGGUUUAGGAGUAAACAUGUUGCAGGAUGGACAGAGGUAUAUGGUGACAUACUCACCUUUGCAACAAUAAGAGGAGCUGGACAUGCCGCGCCCUUUUAUCAACCAGGGAGGUCCCUGCUGCUUAUCAAGGCAUUUUUGGAUGGAAACCCACUUCCAAAUAGACAUUGACUUAACUUAGAAGACAAGUUGAUUGACUUAAGGUUAACUUAGGUGCCAAGUUGGCAAAGCAUGUGCCAUGCUGGCGAAUCUG